GUAAGGUGCUAAGGUACUACAACAUUUCCAAUCCAUCGUCAACAACAAAAGCAAUCUAAAUUAUGUUCCUUCUCCACAAAGCCUACCAACGCUUUUCUCUCCCUCUCCAUCACUUCGCCCCCCACAAGCUCCCCCUCUCCUCCUCCUCCUCCUCUCCCUCCUCUCCUCUAGGGUUUCUUCGUCUCCCCCGCAAGAAGAACGCGGCCAGGCCCAUGAAAUCCGGCGCCGACUCCUCCGCCGCCGCAUCCUCCAGGCUCUCUAGGCUCGCCCCCUUCGCCUCCGGCGCCGAGAAUGGCGCCGGGGAUCGCAACGGGUCCCCUCCUCCUUCUCCUCCUCCGCGGCCCCGAGAAGAUGAAGAUAAUCUUGCAGUAGGGGGUGGAUACCGCCUACCUCCGAAGGAAAUACAAGACAUCGUCGACGCGCCGCCGCUUCCCGUCUUGUCAUUUUCCCCUCAUAGGGAUAAGAUUUUGUUUUUGAAACGUCGAUCUCUACCGCCAUUGUCGGAGCUUGCGAGGCCCGAGGAGAAACUUGCUGGCGUUCGGAUUGAUGGAAACUACAAUGCAAGAAGUCGAAUGUCCUUUUACACGGGAAUCGGCAUCCAUUCAUUAAUGGAAGAUGGCAGUCUAGGGCCUGAAAAAGAGGUCCAUGGCUACCCAGAUGGAGCGAAAAUUAAUUUUGUUACCUGGUCGCAAGACGGUCGGCAUUUAUCAUUCAGCGUGAGGUUUGAUGAGGAGGACAACAUUAGCAGCAAGUUAAGAGUGUGGGUCGCCGAUGUGGAAUCUGGGAGAGCCAGACCGCUUUUCCAGUCGCCGGAUAUUUACUUAAACGCAAUAUUUGACAGUUUUGUGUGGGUUAAUGAUUCUACUCUACUAGUUUGCACUAUUCCUUCAUCUCGUGGAGCUCCUCCAAAGAAGCCAUUAGUUCCCUCCGGCCCAAAAAUUCAAUCAAAUGAGCAGCAGAAUGUUAUUCAAGUUAGAACCUUUCAAGACCUACUAAAAGAUGAAUAUGAUGCAGAUUUAUUCGACUACUAUGCAACUUCUCAGUUAAUCUUAGCCUCUCUGGAUGGUUCAGUGAAGCCAAUUGGCCCUCCUGCUGUCUAUACAUCUGUCGACCCUUCGCCAGAUGAGAAGUAUCUUCUUUUUACUUCUAUACAUCGGCCGUACUCCUUUACUGUGCCUUGCGGAAGGUUUCCAAAGAAAGUUGAGUUGUGGACAGUUGAUGGGAAAUUUGUGAGGGAAAUCUGUGAUUUGCCUCUUGCUGAGGAUAUCCCGAUUGCCUUCAACAGUGUGCGGAAAGGGAAGCGGUCAAUCAAUUGGAGGCCUGAUAAGCCUUCAACUUUGUAUUGGGUUGAGACGCAAGAUGGGGGGGACGCGAAAGUAGAAGUUUCUCCACGUGAUAUAGUUUAUACGGAGCGCGCUGAGCCUCUAAAUGGUGAACAGCCUGAGAUUCUGCAUAAACUUGAUCUUCGAUAUGGGGGAGUUUCUUGGUGUGACGACACUUUUGCUUUAGUAUAUGAAUCUUGGUACAAAACACGCCGAACGAGAACAUGGGUUGUCUCUCCAGAUCAUAGAGAUGUAAAUCCACGCAUAUUAUUUGAUAGAUCAUCAGAAGAUGCUUAUUCUGAUCCAGGCUCGCCAAUGUUGCGGAGAACAGAGGCAGGAACUUAUGUUAUCGCCAAGAUUAAAAAGGAAGAUGAAAAAACCUACAUCUUACUUAAUGGAGCAGGUGCCACACCAGAAGGAAACGUUCCGUUCCUUGAUUUGCUUGACAUAAAUACAGGAAAUAAAGAGCGAAUUUGGGAAAGUGACAAGGAAAAGUACUAUGAAACUGUUGUUGCAUUAAUGUCUGAUCAGACUGAUGGUGAACUAUAUCUUGACCAACUAAAGAUACUAAUAUCGAGAGAGUCAAAGACGGAAAACACUCAAUAUUAUCUUGAGACCUGGCCAGAUAAGAAGAGAUCUCAAAUUACUAACUUUCCCCACCCUUAUCCUCAACUGGCAUCAUUACAUAAAGAGAUGGUCAGAUACCAGAGGAAGGAUGGUGUUCAACUUACUGCAACACUUUAUUUACCUCCGGGAUAUGAUCCAUCGAAAGAUGGGCCUCUACCCUGUCUUGUUUGGUCUUACCCUGGAGAGUUCAAAAGCAAAGAUGCCGCCGGGCAAGUCCGAGGUUCUCCUAACGAGUUUGCUGGCAUAGGUCCAACAUCACCCCUUCUUUGGUUGGCUAGAGGAUUUGCUAUUUUAUCUGGGCCGACAAUCCCAAUAAUCGGUGAGGGUGAUGAAGAGGCCAAUGACAGGUAUGUAGAACAGUUGGUUUCCAGCGCAGAGGCUGCAGUUGAGGAGGUUAUAAGGAGAGGGGUGGCUCAUCCUGCUAGAAUUGCUAUUGGUGGUCAUUCUUAUGGAGCAUUCAUGACAGCGAAUCUCCUAGCACAUGCUCCCCAUCUCUUUUCCUGUGGAAUCGCUCGUUCUGGAGCUUAUAAUCGGACACUUACUCCUUUUGGAUUUCAGAAUGAAGACAGAACACUAUGGGAGGCCACCAAUACCUAUGUUGAAAUGAGUCCCUUCAUGUCGGCUAACAAAAUUAAGAAACCAAUUUUGCUUAUACAUGGAGAAGAAGACAACAAUUCCGGAACACUAACAAUGCAGUCAGAUCGGUUUUUCACUGCAUUGAAAGGCCAUGGAUCUCUUUGUCGUCUAGUGAUUCUCCCUUUUGAGAGUCACGGCUAUUCCGCUAGAGAGAGCAUCAUGCAUGUCCUUUGGGAGACCGAUAGGUGGUUACAAAAGUAUUGUGUAAACAAUUCUAGUAAGCUUGCGGAUCUUGAUGCAUCCACCGGUGCAGCUUCAGUGGAUAGUGAGAAUAAGGCCCUAUCAUCCAGUGGAGGUGGACCAGCUCAAGAGUGCUCAAACUUGGGUGAUUCACAUUGGUCGCCGAGGUCAUUAUUGUGAUCAAGUUGAUUUAAGUUCGCCCUUAAAGGAAAUCAUCCCUCUCGAUACAACAAUUCGGUCCAAAUAUAAAAUGUGAUACUUAGGUCCAGCUCUUUCUUCGGCAUGAAUGCUGAUAAGCAAGGAUCGAAGCAACGCCUAAGCUUUCUAAUCAUUUUGAUAAGGUUGUGUUCGUGCAUUGGUAAGAUCGAUCACUUUCACUGAAAUGUAUUCUGCCUAUGAAGCUUUCUCUUGUACUAUCACGAAAUUCGCAGGUCGAAAAAUUAUUAUUGUUAUUAUUAUUAUUAUUAUUAUUAUUAUUAUUAUUAUUAUUUUCUGAUAUUAGUUAGUGGACCGAUUUGUAAUAAUGUGCAUAUUUUGGUUGUCAUAUUCUUAUUGGUUUCGAUAUAUUCUGUGGGUAUUGUAGUAA